AUGGUGCGCCUGAUCUCGACGGCGCUCGCGGCCUCUGCAGCACUCUACGUUGCAGGGCUCAGGUCGGAGCGCCAUCCGGCCUCGUGGCAUGAGCACCCCGCGAGCUCGCCCGAGAAGCUUCAGGAGCGCCUGCAAGCCAUGCUGAUGGAAGUCCGGCCUCGGACCACGGCCAACACUUCCAAGGCGAGCAGCGAUGCGAAGGCACCGGAGGAGACGCUCAGGGAGCGGGUGGCCCGCAUCAGGGAGGACUGGCAAAGCGCCAGUGCCACCAGUGCCAAUGUUUGCCAUCAGCAGCUGGGGCGGGUGAUGAGCAAUCUCACCCUUGCUUGUGAGAGCUUGCAGCCGAAAGCCGACUGGCUUCUCGCUUACCUUCCGGACUCCUACGUCCUCCCGAACAAGACCUGUGCGGAGAGCGUCAGCGACAUCUUCGCGUUGGGAAAUGAACUCGUGGAGACGCUUCGCGUUUCUAGAGAUGCCGUAGCCUCUCUCGACGUGGACAACACGACACUCCGUCGAUACCAAGCACUCUCCUUUCUGAGGAGCUGGCUAGUGAAGCUGACCGAGACUCGUCAUCAUGCGCUGCUUUGGGCAGGGUUCUGGGAUGGGGACCCGCAGAAUCGCACGACCAAGACGAAGCUCUUCAACUUUGCCAAGGCCACAGAGCACGCCACCGUCCACCCCGACAGCUUCUUGGGCCAAGUCAUCGAGGCGAGCGAGAACCUCGACGCCUGCUACGAGGAUUUCCAGACCAGUGCGCUGGCAGCAAACAUGUGGUCCAUCGCAAGCAUGAGCUUCGUGCUCGGGAUGCGCGAAAGGGCACAGGGAACGGUCAUCGCGCUGGUCAACAAGCAGAUCACGGGGGAGCGUAACUUGUCGCAGUCCGUGCUGUCCACCCAUGAGAUCCCAACAGUGGGGCUCGCUGCCUGGGGGCUGGGUUUCUGGUCUCCGGAAAUGAUUGUUGUGGACCUGAUGGGCACCUGCGACCAGACGGGCCCGGCGCUGCAGAAGCGGCUCUUCGCCCGGCUGCCCUCCUGGGCCAACUCAAUGACGAACUGGAGCCCCGAAGCCUUCGCGAUGAGGUCCAGGCUCCGGUGGCGCUGCAUCGACUGCUCCGGCGCUUGCAACCUGGACGAGGCCUUGGCAGAGCACGUGCAGGAGCUGCUGAAGGCCAAAGUGGAGCAGGACCGGAAGGACCGGGAGCUCCGGGAGGUCGUGGGCCCUUACUGCCAGCGCGCGGGUUCCACUGAGGCCCGUCUCCCCAGAGAGUCUUUGCUGGUGCUUGAACAUCUGGAGCGCUCCCUGUUCAAGCAUCGAGAAUUCGGGAAGAUGAUGGACUUGGAGGAAGCGAAAGAACGUUUAGUGACUUUAGUGGACCUGCCAGACCAAACCUCGAAGGCGGAGCUUGUAAAUCAGGAUCUCGACAGCCCGCAGAGGCAACUGCGCCUGGAGCAGCUCCUCCGCCAGAACGCCGAUCCGAACGCUCCGGACAGGCUCGGCAACACAGCCCUUCUGUGCGCUGCAGCCGAAGGACACCUGGAGCUGAUUCAGCCCUUGCUGGAUUCCGGAGCCCAACUGGAGGUCCACAACCGGUUCGGCCACACAGCCCUCAUAAGUGCUGCACAAGCGGGCGCCCUAGAAGUGGUCGAGGCAUUGGUGAAGGCUGGGGCCCAGCUGGAGGCCCGCAAUGAGCAAGGCGCCACUGCCUUCCUUGUCGCUGCGGCCGCUGGCCAGGUUGAAGUGGUCGAAGCCUUGCUAAGGGCCGGCACCCAGCUGGAGCCCCGCAAUCGGAUUGGCGAAACAGCCCUUAUACAUGCUGCGAAAGCGGGCCAGUUGAAAGUGGUCCAGGCUUUGGUGAAGGCCCGGGCCCAGCUGGAGGUCCGAAAUGAGCAUGGUGCAACAGUCAGAGCCCUCACGUUCGCCUUAGCCAACGGCCACUUCGAUGUGGCCAAGACCUUGCAGCGGACAACCUGA